GACUACCACUGACUUUCACUGGACACUCUCUCAACAAGGGGUGGUAAACAAUGGCCGCCUCAAUCACUUUCACGCCGAAGGCGUCCCUGACUGACGCUCCCACCAACCUGAAGGAGGCCAUUGACUGGGUCCUGAGGGUUACUGGUAAGGAUGGUAAGAAGAACGUGGCGGCGAAGCAGUCGCCGCCAGCAAGCACUAGUAAUGGCCCCCACUGUCUGUGCUACUUGGCCAAGGCAGUGAAGGACCUACUGUACGACGCCAGGUGCCCGGGGUCCCCUGGUCCUAGCCCUAAGAGGAACUGGGACGACAUACUCCUACUAGAAGAACAGUCCAUAGUCAACCCAGUGCUAGAGGACCUGGGACUCCUUAGUGGUGAGAGUGGUACUGUGAGUACCACCUUUACUAAUGCUGGUGGCACCGAGGUCAUAAGGACACUGAUAGACCAGUUGGCACUGGGACUACAGAAGUGGGUUGGGUGGCAGGAAGGGGAAGUGGAUAAGUGUUGUCUUAAGGGAACAGAGGGUAUAGGGAAGAAGUGUGAUUGUCAAGGUGGUGGUGGUGGUGGUAACUGUUGUAGUACCGGUGUUCCUAGUACUCCUUGUCAUCAGUGUAGCACGUGUGGUACCAGUGCCACUGGCCACAAAUGCUACCAGUCGGCCUACUGCAAAAAGACUGGAUCUUCUGGUGCUCCCAGUAGUCCCCCUGAAGGACAAUACUACUGGCCCACCCUAUCCAGUGACUCCACUAAGGUCCACCUCCUGGCCCGUAUUUUCCUAGGGUCAGUAUGUCUCAUCUGGAGUGGACUCAGUCAGUUGGGGUUCCUAACAGCGAAGGGGACUGGUGGCACAGAGAGGUGGAGGGAGAAAACAUUGACUAGUGAGAGUGCUGGUCUCGGCUCAUUCAUGGCGGCCAUGGGCUACGACCUGGAUAGGUUGAAUAAAGGGAAAGGUGGAGCAUUUUUACAAGAACUUUUGAAAGGAGAUAAACCUGAUAAAAAUGUCAUAAAGUGGCAGGAAUUCAAGAAUGGUAAUGCUAGUUCUAAGAGUGUAGCUGAGUACUACAGCAGUAUCUAUAGUACUGCACAGAGUGCUGCCAAGGACAAGAGUACUGAAGACAUUUGUAAGGAGUACCCCCUAUUGGUACUCCACAUCCUGGCCAGUGGGUACUUCAGGGCAGGCAGUGCCGGGGCCAAUAAAGUGACGCCGGCGAAGCCGGCCACUAGUGAUACCAAGAAAGAGACUCCCUCUCUUAGGAAACCACGCACUAUCCGUGAGAUCCUAUACUGGCUUAGUGCAUUGCCCUAUAGUCAGGGGUACAAGGCACUGGUAGAGAGGAUGCAAGGAAAGAUGGAGAGUGACACACUCACACUAGAGGGUACUACCAGUGGUGGCAGUACCACCCUCAAGAAAGACUGUAUUACCCACUACCUACUGGCCGCCUGUGGCUACUGCCCACUGGUCCUCAUCGGUAUCCAGGGGACCAUAGAAAAGGAAGUGACGAAUACAGGCAGUGCUGCGACAGGUGCCGGAGGAGUUGCUGCUGGUGCUGACAAGAGGUGCAAACAACAUAAGGAAGACCGUAAUCACAGAUGCGAUCCUAAAAAUAUAAAGGAACACGCAUCAGAUACUUCUGGACAGUCAUCAGCAUCUUCCGCCAACGGAGAACUCCAGGCCGGCCAAGUCUGCUACGGCGGGUACCACCUGGAAGUGUCCUCCUUUGGCCCCCUCCAUGGGAUGUACGCCAAUGGGUUAUAUGGGUUUGACAUGGACCUUUCGGCCGCCCAGUGCCUGGACCAACUGAGGGUAUAUGUCUACCACUGCUUCUACCAGCUCUAUUUCCUGAGGAAGCAGUGUGGAGCGGGCGCGAUAGCGGCCGUAGGAGGAGGAGGGAGCUCAGUAGUGCUGGGCUGGAAGAGUUGUAGGUAUGGUAGUGGAGUUGGUACCACCAGUACUACCAGAUGGAUAUGUCAAGGUACGGGAAGCAAUGGAAAUGACCACAGCAAGAAUUGUGGAUUACAGAAUGCAGCAGGUAGUGGUACAGGCUCAGGUUCACCGCUUAUGGCAUUUCUGUGUGAUACAGUGACUGGGUUGCAUUGUGGAAUGACGACCGGCAAAGAUCUGAAUAGCGGUAAACAGGAUUAUCCUUCCAUCGAGGACCACCUAGAAGCCAAGGAAACUUCUCCUUUGGGACAUUUCGGCAAACCGCCUAUGCACUGCCCUGUUCCAAUGGGAUGGAGCAAGGAUGUCACAGGCAGUGGAGCGAACAGAGUGAAUCACUUUAAGGAUUUGAAAGACACGCACAAGACAGGGACACUGACAGGAGUAGGCCAAAGUCCUGGCACAUAUCCUGUCCACUGCACUGGGAAUACACUAUCUUAUCUCCUGGAGUACUAUUGUGACCCAGUACACUGUCAAGGCACCCUAGUGGUACUACUGAGACUACUGGCAUGUAUUACUCCCACGGUGCCACGGACCCUGGGUGACCUCUUUGGGUUCUAUUACUAUAUAGUCUACAUUGGGGGAUUUCAAUCGUGGGAUUUUAAACCGAAUGGUCUAUGGCAUUUAAUGAAAGGCGAAUUAAAUCAGGUUUCUCUCAAUAUGGGUAGUAGUAGUGGUGAUAAAGUGAUAAAGGCACUGGAUAAGUUCAGUGGUGUUAGCGUUGAUUCGGCAGACAUCCACUCUACCGUCAUUGAUGUCUCCCUAAGGACCUUAUAUAGUACUAAUAACGGCCCAUACUUAUGCCCCCUCAGUGGCCAGCAGUAUGGCCAGUUGAGUCCAGCGAUGGCCGGGACCUACCUGUCAUGGUUGGUCUAUUUGAUAGAGGGGUUCGAGGAGGGGCUGGAUAAGUUGAAGGAGGAGUUCACGAAGGUGGAUUGUAGGAAUGAUGGGUGUAAAAAUGGUCCGGGAAGAAGUGCUGGAUGUAGUGAUAGUGGAGAGUGCCAAAAAGGAUCCCAUGGUGAUCCAUGUCCAUCUGGUGGUGGUAGUGGAGGUGCUAAUCAAGGAGUCUGUGGAUGUGCCUCUGUCGUAUCAUGUACCGGGGUACUACCGGUGUUGUACAGGUAUGGCUUUGGGUAUGGUGAUGUAAAGGCGUUGCACAAGGAUGGAGGUGAUAGCAAGAAGUGUCACGACUUCCUGACUACACUGACAAAGGUCCUAAAUGGUGACCACCUCAAGAAAGAGGGUGCCACUAGUGGCCUUCACUAUGAAAUCAAUAAGCUCAUCUACACCACCAGGCUCCCCUGGAUCUUCGUGCUGACCUUGGCCUGGCUAGUAGCGGUAGUGUACCUGGCCUUUGGAGCCAUAUGGCCACUGGACUGGACACAUAUGAGGUCGCAUUGUAGAGGAUGGUUCAGGAAGGGCAGUCUGAGUCCAUGGGAGGUACUGAUGGUGGGCAAGAAGAAGGGGAGGGGUAUAUUGGAGUUCUUUGGUGGGAAGUAAUUGACAGGGGUACUAUAACAGUACUUGAUUGGCACUACACGUGGUUAAUAUCCUUUUAUACUUAUGGCACUGUAAUGUUUUAGUUCUAUCAUGCCUAUGAAAGCGUUUUAGUGAAUAUAU